CUCUGUUGGAGUUGGGCUGGCUGCCUAUUGAUUGGAAAACAACGGGCUGUGGGAGGACGGACAAGGGUGGCUGUGGGCUAACGGGUGAGGGAAGGAGGACAGAUCAAGCCUUGCCACGCUGCUGUCUUUAGCUCUGUUUUUAUUUUCCCACACUGGAAUGAAUGUAGCUGCUGCUUCUUAUAACUGGCUUUUACUGCGAGGAGAAGAACCGAUCCUCCUGGUCUGAGAAGACAUUGGACACACACAAAGCCAGAAGAACCGGCGGCUCAUCUAACUGCAGGACAAGACACAACCUGCCAGGGGACACCAUGGAAGCCCCUCUUGUGUGCUUAGACGAAGAGUUUGAAGACCUCCGGCCCUGCCGGAUGGAUGAGCAGGACCAUUUGGUUCUUAACCACACUUCCUACUCCACCACAACCACCACCAUCCCCCUGGCUUCCAUCACCCGUGAGGACUUCUCCGAGCUGGAGAACUUCUCUGAGAUGAUGAGCUUCAAGUCAAUGGAGGACCUAGUCAACGAGUUCGAUGAGAAACUUAAUGUCUGCUUCCACAACUACAACACCAAAACUGAAGGCCUGGCACCGAUUCGUAACCAGUCCCACAACCAGGAGGAUGAGGAACGGCUACAGGAUGAAGAUGUGUGGGAUGCUCUGACUGACAACUACAUCUCAACUUGGGAGGGCCCUAACUCCGAGGGACUUAACGGCAACCUCUCUGACCACGAGAUACAUGAAAAAGAAGAAGAGGAGAUGAAUGAGAAGAAUGAAAACGCUAACUGUCUGAAUGAAGAGCCUCUGAUUACAGCAGAUCAGGUAAUUGAGGAAAUAGUGGAGAUGAUGGAGAACUCUCCAGAUCCUGGUGAGACUGAAGAGGAGGAUGAGGAAGAGAGCAGCCUUUGCUCCUCCAGGACAAACCCCUCCCUGCUGAAUGAGAUCAGGCAGCUGUCACAGGCCUCCAACAACAACUGCUCCUAUGAAGGCCUCAGCUGCAUGCGCAGCUCAGCUCUAGUUGAACUGUUGCACAGGGUGGAGGCUGCCAUUCGUGAGUACUCCGAGGAGCUGGUCAACCAGCUGGCUCGGCGAGAUGAGCUAGAGUUUGAGAAGGAGGUGAAGAACACAUUCAUCACGGCUCUGAUGGAGGUGCAGAACAGGCAGAAGGAGCAACGGGACAGCAGCAAACGUAAACGUCGUGACAAGGCCCUGAGUCUGCAGGGGGGAGGGACGGUGCCCUCCAAUGGAGCGAACACAGGCUCUAAUGGCCAGAAGACAGGCACCAUGCCUGUCAAGCGCUUCAGUAUGGAGGGCCUCUCCAACAUCCUGCAGACGGGCAUUAGACAGACAUUUGGAAGUACAGGAAAUGAGAAGCAGUAUCUGAACACUGUGAUUCCAUACGAGAAGAAAACCACCCCUCCGUCUGUUGACGACCUGCAGCUGCUCACAAAAAUUCUCUAUGCCAUGAAGGACGACAGUGAGAAGGUGCCUACACUGCUUACGGACUACAUAUUAAAAGUCCUCUGCCCUACCUAAAGAACCAUCAGGCCAGGGGCCACAGUGUGACCAGGAACCCUCAUCCCUCGAGGAUUUUCCUAACCUUCCUGAAGUCUGGUCCAGUCUGCAUGAGCUCCCCUUGUUUGCCAUUACCAUGGAUCGUCACCAUCUACAUUAUCUUAUCCAUCUAAACUACAACUACUGCCUCCUGCUGAGCUCACCUCAUUGUUUUCUGCACAUUCGUUUCAGGUCAGACACCAAAAUGGCCGCUGUCUGAAUAGCAAGUGGGAUUGUCAAAUCCCACUUUUACAGGACUUCACUAAUGGAGCAUGACAUGCUGGGUAUCGAUCAUAAAAAAUCACUUUGGUACAGGGAUACAGUUCCAAAUAUUAUUUCUCUCUUGUCUUAACGACACAUCUCUUGUUUUAUCUUCUCAUAUCCUUUGACAGAAACUGUUGCUACGUUUGGACAUUUACAAAGCUGUAAAUCACAGGAUGGUUGUUCUUUUCACCACAGGCAUACUGUCAUCCAUAUAGAAUUCACUGUAUGGAAAAAAGUGUUUCAUAAGAAUACAAAAGCCAUGCACCUUUUUCUGCCAACUCAGUACUGUAGUUCCUUUGGAAUGAGAAGAAACAUACUAUUACGGGUGCAGAGCAGUGCAUUACAAAGCUUCUUUCAUGACAAAUAUCCAGUGCUCUUCAAACUUUGUAUUUUUUUCAUUUAUUUUAGAAUAUUAAUAUAUAUAUUCUGUUGUACAUUUUUUUUACAUUUAUUUACUGUAACAUCAGAGUGUGUUGCUACUGUUAUUCCACUCUGUCCAGCCACCUGGAUGUGUGAAUCUGUUUUUUAAGUUCAGUGACUGAAUUAUUAUUUUUUCUAUUAAUGAUGUAUGUAUUUACAUAUUGGCAUAUUUUGCCUUCCCCCCCCCCCAUGUAGAUGAAUGUUACAUCACUUAAUUGCUAAUUCUAAUAAACUUCUACCCUUAAUUC